UGCGCCAGGGAAGCAAGUAUCGACUAUGACUUGAACACCCUCAGGACCGAUCCAGUCUGUAGGCUUUCCUCACUUGCCUCUGGCUCCCAACCGUCUUAGACAUCGUUAUUCCGGGUUGUUGUCUUCGGUCAACUCCCCAGAGCAACCAGACCCAGGGAAGUUUUGGGGAGGGGAGGGGGAAAUUCCUCUGAGAGAAAAUGUUCGUUUCCAAAUCCAAUUCAGUUUCUCCCUCCCCUUCCAUGGAACAGGCAGAAGCCGAUGCCCUGGACAUCAGCACCAAAGUGCAGCUGUAUGGCGUGCUCUGGAAGAGACCCUUUGGGAGGCAAUCAGCCAAGUGGUCCAGAAGGUUUUUCAUCAUCAAAGAGAGCUUUUUGCUUUACUACUCUGAAAGCGAAAAGAAAAGCUUCGAAAGCAAUAAGUAUUUCAACAUUCAUCCUAAGGGUGUCAUACCUCUGGGAGGCUGUCUUGUGGAAGCCAAAGAAGAACCCAACAUGCCCUAUGCGAUGAAGAUCUCUCAUCAAGACUUCCACGGUAAUAUUGUGCUUGCUGCAGAAUCAGAGUUUGAACAGAUCCAGUGGCUGGAGAUGUUACGAGAGUCUGGAAAAGUGACUUGGAAGAAUGCCCAGCUGGGAGAAGCCAUGAUAAAGAGCCUAGAGACCCAGGGUCUGCAAUUGGCUAAGGAGAAGCAAGAGUAUUUAGACAAAUUGAUGGAAGAAACUGAAGAACUGUGUCUUCAGAGAGAGCAGAGAGAGGAGCUUGAACGACUCAACCAGAUCCUGGAGGCUGAGAAGCAGCAGUUUGAAGAAGUGGUUCAGGAGCUGAGGAUGGAACAGGAGCAAAUCAAGAGGGAGUUGGAGCUGACUGCAAGAUGCCUCAAGGGAGUGGAGCAAGAGAAGAAAGAGCUGAGAAACUUGACUGAAUCCUUACAGCAAACACUGGAGGAACUCUCCAUAGAGAAGAAGAGAACUUUGGAGAUGCUUCAAGAGAAUGAGAACCAGUCAGAGACUCUGAUCAAUCAGAGCGAGCAGCCUUACCCCAGUGGGGGUCUCCAUUGCAAUCUGCGGCAGAUUGAGGAGAAGAUGCAGCAGCUUCUGGAGGAAAAACUCCUUGCAGAGAAAAGGAUGAAGGAAAAUGAAGAAAGAUCUCGGGCGUUGGAGGAGGAACGAGAAUUCUAUUCCAGCCAGUCACAAGCCCUACAGAACUCUCUGCAGGAAUUGACAGAGGAAAAGCAGCAGACUGAGAGGGACCUCAAGGCUGAGGUCAAGGUCCGCAUGGACUUGGAGAGGAGGCUUCGGGAGGCAGAAGGAGCCCUGCGGAGCCUGGAACAAGGACUCAACUCCAAGGUUCGAAACAAAGAGAAAGAAGAGAAGAUGAGGGCUGACGUCAGCCAUCUGAAAAGGUUCUUUGAAGAGUGUAUACGGAAUGCUGAGCUGGAAGCCAAGAUGCCAGUCAUCAUGAAGAACUCAGUGUACAUUCACAAGGCUGCUACCCGUCGUAUCAAGAGUUGUCGUUUCCAUCGAAGGAGAUCUAGCACAUCUUGGAAUGACAUGAAACCUUCCCAGUCCUUCAUGACAUCUCAGUUGGAGGCCAACAGCAUCGAGGAGCUCAAGGAGGUGGCUAAGAGGUUAAGUCGGGACCAGCGCUUCCGGGAAUCCAUCUACCACAUUAUGGUGUCACAACCUGGACCCACCCCUGCUCUUCCCCGGGGUGGAAAGUGAUUUCCUGUCUCCUUGGCAUCCCAUCCCCCCUCUAUUGCCACCUCCCACCCCUGAAGUAAAAAUAAGGGCAAGAAGGUCAGUCUCUUUGCUCUGUCUCUGCUUUGUUAAGGAGCACCUUUAAAGGAAAAUCACUAUAUUAGUAAUGCUACUCUUCCCCACAAAGGACAAUGGUAUAUGUGUGUCAUUCUCCAAGUCUUUCCUACCUCCAGGUCAGUUUUUCUUAACUUGGAUUAGUUGGUCUAAUCUCUGCCCUUACCUUUGUACUAACUCUUUCCCUAAGGGCACCAAUCUAUAUGUUCCCUGGUAGGUAACUUUGGUAAGGAUGGUUGGCAUAGAUAGGUAGAUAGAUAAUUUGUCUUUGUUUCCUUUCCCUCCACCUGCUGACUAUAAGUGAAGGACUUGUACCAUGACCAGCUGCCUACAUACCUGCUAUCCUCAAUGACUUCCUUUGGUGCCUCCAUGCUGCACAGAUAUAUCCAAUCAGGCAUGCCAGAGCUUACUAUAUAUUUUCUCUAUACUAUACAUAGACCCCUUUUUGUUUCCUCUUUCCUCUCUCCUUUAUUCUUUCAACUUCUCUCUCUUCAUGCUUUUCUAUUUAUACUAUGUCCAUGUUUUAUUUUUUCCCUGGCUCUCUCUCUUGUAUCUAACUCAAUGAGGGCUUCCCUGCCACUUUUAAUGCUUCCUGGUGCUAGAUGUUCCCUGCUCUAUCCAGGGGCUGACUCUCCUGUAGUCCUUGGUCCCUCAACUCUAAGCCAUAAAUGCCAAAUAGGGACUUCUGAGGAUCUUAGCUCAUUCCUGCGUCCUCAGGCACAGAAUCAUCUCUCAUCAAAUACUCAAGGACUACUAGUAGGUCCUCCAUGGUGGUCCCUACAUUACUUGACUCACCAGCUGAGCCCACCAGAAUACUUCCAGAUUAUUGCUCUCCAGAGUUGUUUGAGAUUCACAGAAGGAUGAUGUAGCCAGUGGAACCACUGCUUGGCCUUGCAUAGUGAGUGGAUAGCAAUGUCUUUGCUGCUUAUGGAAACAAAAGAAACUAUUAUAAGAAGAAAUUAGAUCCAGGAGGUAGGAGGAGGUGACUUCUACAUUGUAAAUCCCCUUCAUUGCCUCUGAGUAAAGUGAUGGGAAAAUUGAGGUGUGAAAUCUGAUCUCCAAGAAUUCUUUUGGAUCAGAUGUAUAAACUGCCAGGUCCAUGUGAGAUUACAAAGACACCUCUCUCUGCCUGCUUAUUUUUGCCUUUUUGACUCAUAGGAUAAGAUAAAUAUAAAGCUGGAACCAACCUCAGAGGGCAUCUAAUCCAAUUGAGGAAUAGGAAAGUUAAGUCAUUUGUCCAGGGUCUUACUAUUGUGUACUUCAAAGGUGAGAUUUAAAUGUAAGUCCUCAAACCCUAGAGCCAAUGGUCUUUUCCAGUGUCCUGCAAUGUAACCCAAAUUAUAGGGAUUCUUUUCCUUAUAGAUUCUGUCUUAGAAAGACUGGUCCUAUAAAAAAUGACUCUUUUAGUCUUGGAAAUGGAGAUGGAGAUGCCAGUAACAAGAGUUCUUGGUCAGAAUGUAUCAUUUAUUUUCCAAAAGAGUCUAAAUGUUGAUACAGUUUCUAUGGCAUGAUACUAUCUACCCAGAAGCAGUUCCUGUAUUAAACAAAAUUCUGGGUUAAUUUCUUUCAUCUUUGGAUGGGAAAGUCUACCUUGAUCCUUCUUUUCAAAAACCACAUUCCAAAUUAUUUGUGCUUGUCUCUCAAAUAAAGUGUGACCCAAGCAAUCAGAAAGAAGGUAACAGUGGAGGUGACAGAAUCUCUGGUAUUGAGAAUCACUGAGUGAAUAGUAUUUGAUAUAAGUGCCAAGGAGCCGACCUUGGUACUAUACUAUACUAAAACAGACAAUGUAGAUUUAUUUUCUUAUUCUCCAGAGUCUAAAAAUCUUCUUUCCAUCAAAAAAAAAACAACUUUCUAGUCACGUGUGUAUGUCCACCACUGGUCCAGAUAAAGCCCAGAGCAUCUGGCUCCUUUUCUCCUUUGUGAUGGUUUUAAUUGAUUAGGCUAACUCAAACAGUUUUCUCUUUGUGUUGGGAACCUAGCCAGCCUCUUCAAAUUCCUGGCAGGAGUUGACUCAGAAAUAAACUGAACAAAGAAUAUUGGAAAGAAUUUAUAUGUAAGAUUUUAAACUUGCACAAAUGUGAAAUUGUCACAUAUCCUAUGCAGGUCAGCAGACUUUAAAAAUCGUAGUGACAAGUAAUGCUUUAAAAAAUAAUAAAUGUGGAGAGACUUACAUGAACUGAUGUUGAGUGAAAUGAGCAGGACCAGGAGAUCAUUAUAUACUUCAACA